AUGUCAUCACCUGGUGGUGAAGAGUCACUGUCAGAGCCCCUCCAUGAUGCAAACUUGUCUACCUGGGCAGCACGAAACCCAACUCAUCCCAUGAUCCAUUGCUGGACCCCACCGCCUCGGCUAUCAGAUGCCAAGAAGGCCUCUCAGAAAAUCAAGAAAGACCAGAGGACAGAAAUUGCAAAGUGUCUACAUGAUGCUGUCGCCAAACAUCUGCAAGAACAGAAAAAUGGAGUUGAAUUGCUCUCACUCGCUCACAAUGUUACUCCGAAGCAGAUCAAUGACAUAAUCAGUAAUCAGGCCAAGUAUCGCACGGAAUGCAAGGUCCACCUCAAUAAUGCCCUAAUUCACGCCAAAGCUAAGGAAAUGAACAGUGGUACCUUUCAGUACACAUUGGCUGAGCUGCACGAGAUGGUUGCUCAGGACCUCCAGAUGCAAGAUUUGACGAAGGAUGAGAAGGCCACUUAUAUGGCUGCUCUCAGUGAACACCGUGAACAAAAGGUAAGUAGCAUGCGAGCAAAUAACAUGGCUACUGCACGAGACAUUUUAGUCACAACAGAAAGGGUGGUCAAGGAGCUCGACAAUUUGCAUACUCACACAGGCACCUACGGAACACUGUUUGUCGUUCAGGGUCACAUCAAUGACACCAUUCAAAGCAUGAUGCAUGGUACUGACAAUUCUGAAGACUUCUGGGAGGAUGUUUAUGGGUCUCCAAUGGCCGAUUUUCUCCGACAAUACGAACAAUGGGCCUGCACACAGAAUCAAAACCUCAAUGAACGCAACUCCCUGGAAACGGUCCACAAGCAAGCUCGAAAACUGAUUAUCCGAGGACUGGUUGCGAUGACUGGCAAAAGAGACAUCACGAUGAACUACAGCAGCUACGAAACAGCAAUUACCGAGACUUAUGCAGUCAAGCUAGUAGGAUGGCCUGAGGGUGUCAAGUUUAUUAGUCCUUCGAACAUUGGGACAGUCAGUGAAAUUCGCAAGCUCUGUGAUGUACUCAAGGCACAAACAUGUUACUGGGCUGCUCUCACUCCAGCAGAAGUCAAGAUUCACAGUGCCAAACUUGAUGUGUGCCGUUCCGCGGGGCAAGUUGUUCGGCAGCCAUGCAAGAAGCAUUCUGAUGCUGGAAUCGCUCGCAAGCAUAAGGCUCCACCUACCACAGGACAGGCAAACAAGGAGAACAGAAGGCUGUCAAAAAAGGUGAAAAAGAAUACUAGUGCCCAGCAUCGUGAGGUCCCUAAAAGCGUGGAGUUCAUUGAGUCAUCUGAUGAGGAUGAGGGCGAGGGCGAGGGCGAGUAG